AUGUCAACCGAUUUCGAAUGUUUUCGGCACGAGACAAAACAUCACUUUUUUGAUGAAUAUUUAGGUUCUGACGAUAACCCGAAGAAGUACUGUGUUAGUGCAGGUAUGAAAUAUGAUGUGAAUAGUACUUGGAAUCUUCCGUAUCCCGAGUGUGCUAAUUGUUUAUGUGCUAGCUAUGGAAUGGAAUGUUGUGGAUAUGGAGUCGGCGCUGGUGUUGAAGAACCGCCGAAAAAUUGUGAGUUAGCUGAAGAUACGUGUGAAAUACAUUUCGUUCGGAAAGAUGAUCCUUCUCAGCCAUGUAAUGGAACUACUCCAGCGAAACCAAAUCGAUCUCGAUCACACAAGAAGUCUCACAUGAAACGGAAGAAUUUAAAAAUUAUAGCCCGUAUAAAAGUAUAA